AUGACCACCGACAAUUUGACUCCACAACAACGUAGUUACACCCUCUUAACGAAAGACCCCACUCAAUCCGUUACCACUAAACUACAGAAAGUCCUCAAGAAACUACACACCGACAAGAAGAUCACGACCGACCUAUACCACAAGAUGCGCAACCUACAUCCUAGAUGGCCUCAACUUUACGGACAACCUAAGAUACACAAACCCGGCGCACCUAUCCGUCCCGUAGUCAGCUUCUACAACACCCCCCUCCAAGCCCUCCACAAAGUCCUCGCAUCUUUCCUCAAACCCCUAGCCCAGAACCCCUUACGCCUCAAAGACUCUUCCGACUUCAAACAUCGCUUCGACUCCUCUCUCAAUCCCUCCUUCCACUACCACGCCUCCUUAGACGUCCAAUCCUUGUACACCUCCUGUGACAUGCGCCUAUCCCUCAAAACUGUCAUCUCCUCCUUUGAACAGAACCCCUCUCGUCUUCCCUCCAAUGUCACCACCACCACCAUAGGCUCCCUUAUCAACUUUUGCCUUGACAACUCAUACCUUGAAUUCAACGGCUCCUUCUACUCCCAAGACGAAGGUGGUACAAUGGGAUCCCCCCUCAUUGUUGAACUAGCUGAAAUCCGCCUUGCUGAAAUCGAGACCUUAGCUUUAUCCUCAUGUCCUGACCCUCCGAACACUUACUCCCAUUUCGUUGACGACGGCCUUGGAUCUUUCAGAGACAGAAACCACGCAGAAUCCUUCCUUACAUUCCUUAACUCCCUUACUGAAGACCUCAACUUUACCCAAGAACAUCCCUCUACAGACGGAACUAUACCCUUCCUUGACGUUCUCAUCCACCCUGACAAAUCCACAUCAGUCUACAGAAAACCCACCCACACCAACCUCUACACCAAGUACUCCUCCUGCACCACCAACUCAUCUAAGAACGCAGUCAUCCGAUCACUGACCAGAAGAGCCCACAACAUCUGCUCACCCCAACACCUUGACGACGAACUCCAGACAGUACGACACGUUUGCCUCCAGAACGGCUUCCCUCCUCACCGCAUCACCACCAUCAUGGACGAAGUACAACGGAAAUUCACCAACCCCUCUCGCCACCAAUCCCUAGCCUCAUUCAACCGACAGACCCGUGAACAUGCCCUUAGUGUUUCUCUUCCUUUCCAUCCCUCCCUAUCCAAACCCAUCUCCAAGAUACUCGGACAACACGACAUCAAAGUCACCCACUCCUCUGCUACCUCCCUCCGCAACCUCCUCACCAAAACGAAGACCACACCCCCUACUCACCUCACUCCCAACACCAUCUACGAAAUUUCCUGCUCACAGUGCCCCUCCAAAUACGCCGGACAGACCUACAGACCCUUGGUCCACCGCAUGAAAGAACACGAACGAUACACAGUCAUCUAA